UCGGGCGGAAAUCGAAUGAAAACCCGGGGUUGACAGCCUGAACGUUACGGUCCAGAGCAGGCUGCACGUCCCGCUGGGACGGGGAAAGAGGGGACCUCCUCAUAGGCCGCCAGGCCGCUGCGAGCGGUGGCUGGCCGCAGGGUGGGCACCGGCGCCCGCACUCAAGAUGGCCCCGGCCGGAGCGUCCCCCGGGCGGCCGCUCUAGCUCGGUUCCGGGUGCGUGCGCCUCGCUGGCGGCUUCGGAGGGCCGCAGGCUGGCAUUCUGUCCGGCUUCCGGACCCGUCUCUAUGGUGGCGGAGGGACCGUACCCCCGAAGACUGUGGGUGUAGUGGCCGGACCCUCACGGGGGAGGCGAGGGGUGUUGGUGUCAACAGGGACCGAGGAGGGGACCGGAGCCAAGACCCUCGGCCGCCUCCCGCCGCCCUCCGGCAGGUCCGUGGCUGCGGGGAGGGGCCACCCACCGCCGCCCAAGGGAUGGGCGCAGAGAGCAGCGCCCUGCAGAGCUGCGCACUGAGGGGGCCGCCCGUCACCCUGCCCUCCGGGCUCGCCGUGUUCCCCGCCGAGCUGCGGGAUGGCCGCGUCGCGUCCGUCUUCGUGUGCAAGCGGGAGAGCGAGGACAAGGUCAACAAGGCUGCCAAGCACCUGAAGACGCUCCGCCACCCGUGCCUGCUGCGGUUCCUGUCCUGCUCCCUGGAGGCGGACGGCAUCCACCUGGUCACCGAGCGGGUGCAGCCUCUGGAGGCGGCCUUGGCCACGCUGUCCCCCGCCGAGGUCUGCGCCGGCAUCUACGACGUCCUGCUGGCGCUGGUCUUCCUGCACGACCGAGGCCACCUCACGCACAACAACGUCUGCGUGUCCUCGGUGUUCGUGAGCGAGGACGGGCACUGGAAGCUGGGGGGGAUGGAGACCGUCUGCCGGGUGCCCGAGGCCACCCCCGAGUUCCUGAGGAGCCUCCGGUCCAUCCGAGACCCGGCCUGCGUCCCUCCGGAAGAGACGGCUCCGGAGUUCGAGGCCCUGCCCGAGGCCCACGGACACGCACGGGACGCCUACGCGUUCGGGAAGCUGGCGGAGAGGCUGCUUGAGACCCUCAGUGGGCAGGUUUCAGCGGACGCUCUCUGCAGCUUCCGACAGACGCUGCACUCGGCGCUGCUGCACCCCGCCCCGCAGCGCCGGCCCGCGCUCCGCACCCUGCUGUCCCACGGCUUCUUCAGGAAUGAUUUUCUAGAAGUUGUGAAUUUCUUGAAAAGUUUAACGUUGAAGAGUGAAGAGGAAAAAACUGAGUUCUUUAAGUUUCUGCUGGACAGAGUCAGCUGCCUGCCCGAGGAGCUGGUCGCCACCCGGCUGGUGCCCCUGCUGCUCAACCAGCUGGUGUUCGCAGAGCCAGUGGCGGUUCGGAGUUUCCUUCCUCACCUGCUCGGCCCCAAAAAAGACGGGGCGCCCGGAGAGACCCCGUGCCUGCUGUCGCCGGCCCUGUUCCGGGCGCGCGUGGUGCCCGUGCUGCUGCGGCUGUUCGAGGUGCACGAGGAGCACGUGCGCCUGGUGCUGCUGACCCACCUGGAGGCGUACGCCGCGCACUUCACGCGAGAGCAGCUGCGCACCGUCGUCCUGCCCCAGGUGUUGCUGGGCCUGCGGGACACCAGCACCCCCAUCGUGGCCAUCACCCUGCACAGCCUCGCCGUGCUGGUCUCCCUGCUCGGACCAGAGGUGGUCGUGGGAGGAGAACGGACCAAGAUCUUCAAACGCACCGCCCCUGGUUUUACAAAAACCACCGAUCUCUCCCCAGAAGGCGACCAGUUCACUCAGACCUCGAGAUUCCCUGUGAAUGGCCUUUCAGACGUGAAGCACACCUCCCCGGGUGGUGAGGACGUCCCGCCCAGCCCCCAGGCGGCCGAGGAGUGGCCUGACUGGAGCGAGCCCGAGGAGCCGGGCCACAGAACUGCCCGUGCGCCGGCGUGGCCUCCAGAGCCCCCGGAGGCGGCCAGGUCCCCGCUCCGAGACUCAGAGGCAGCGGCAGGGACCCAGGAGGAUGUGGAGCGUGGCGGCCCCGGCCCUGCAGGGGGCCCAGGAGGCGGAGCCACCGCCACCCCAGGGGAGCGCCAGGCCCUGCCCACAGUGGCGCCUCUGCUCACGGAGGCGGCCGGGCUUCUGGCGUCCAGCCAACCCCCGAAGACCAGCCCUGCCCCAAGCGUGGCCCACCCGGAGCAGACCAAGCCACCAAAGGGGCCGUCCCAGGAGAGGCGCCCCCAGGCCCCCGCGGAGUGGGGGUUAGGGGAGGAGUUCACCAUCCACGUGAAGAAGAAGCCGGGGCAGGACCCCGAGCUGGACUGGUUUGCUGACAUGACCCCCGACAUCCAGCCUUCGGCCACCAUUCUCGUUCCACCCGAGCUGAGGACGGGCCCCACGGGCCCCCUGGAGGACGCCGUCGCCCCGGGGAUGCAGUUUUCCUCCAAGUUCGCCGCGGCAGACACCACCGAGGCGGAGUCCGAAGGCUGGGGCGACGCCGGGGAGCUGAGCUGGGGCGACGGCAGCUGGUGACAAUGGCUGUGAGUGAAACUCUAGGGAAAAGGAUUCCUUUUUCUAAGAAAAAGCAAACGAAUACCUCAACCGCGGGCUCUGCGGACAGGAACAGCCCGCGCACCCUUUUCCUCAAGGCAGGAGCUCCUCCGUCAGUGCCAACAGAGGCGCCUCGGGGGGCCCUCCCCUGAGGGGGCUGUGCCUCUAAGGCCAGGUGACCCUGGAAGUGAAGAGAAUAAAUACAGAACUUCAAGCUGGUUAGCUUAACUCUGUGCCAUUUUUUAGCAGUGGAAAGAAUCAGCUCUGUUGUGAACACUGAAAAGAAUCUAGCUAUAAAGGAUACAAGUGAUUGUGGACUGCUGAGGUCUCCUCGGGCAGCGUAUUUAUUUGUUUGCAGUCCCCCUGGGCCCGGGGCUGGCGCCGGGACUGACUGACCCCACACGUGUUGUUACGUGCACCAAAGUCCCUCCCGAGACAGACCCGUGCCCCUGUCCUGUAAAUGUCCAAUAAAGGCUAUUUUCACUAGA